AUGUUGGAGGGUGUGGUUGCUAACCUGCUCAACCGUUUUUUGGGCAUCUACGUCAAGAACUUCGACGCGAAGCAGCUCAACAUUGGAAUCUGGUCCGGUGAUGUCAAACUACGCAACCUCGAGCUGCGCCGCGAAGCCCUCGACCAGCUUCAUCUACCUUUGAAUGUCGUCGAAGGCCACCUGGGCCAACUCACAUUAUCCAUUCCCUGGUCGAAUCUUAGGGGCAAACCGGUCAAGGUCGACAUUGAAGAUGUCUUUUUACUGGCAGCACCCCAGGAGGAUGCGGACUACGAUGCGACAGAGGAAGCUAAGCGGGCGCAUACACUGAAGAUGGAACGGAUUGAAGGCGCCGAACUUCUUCGUGAGCGCAACGCGGAAGGAAUGAGCCAGGAGGAACAGCGUCGAAACCAGAGCUUCACCCAAAGCAUGGUCACAGCCGUGGUGGACAACCUACAGGUGUCUAUCAAGAAUGUGCACAUCCGAUACGAAGAUUCUAUCUCUUCUCCAGGACAUCCAUUCGCUGUGGGAGUGACACUGAAGGAGCUCAGUGCCGUGAGUACCGACGCAGAUUGGAACCCGACGUUUAUCCAGUCUACCUCCGAUACUACACAUAAACUUGCGGUCCUCGGCGCCUUGUCUGUGUACUGGAAUACGGAUGCGACACUCUUUGGAACAGGUCGCGGCUCUGAUAUCGGUGCAGAGGCCCAGGGAAUUGAGCAUGAUGACCUAAUGAACAAAUUACGUGACACCAUUGACAACGGUGAGGGUAAUCAGUUCAUGCUUCGUCCCGUAAGUGGGCGUGCAGGCCUUGAAAUGGAUAAAUCGGGCAAAUACGAUCGCCCCGCUAUGAAAGCGCGUUUGCUCUUUGACGAGCUCGGCUUUGUUUUGGACGAUAAUCAGUAUCGUGAUGCCUUGAUGCUUGUGGAUCUCUUCCAUUAUUUCAUCCGUCAUCAGGAAUAUAAACAGUACCAGCCAAAAUGUUCCGUCAAAGAAGACCCGAAGGCCUGGCUGCAAUUCGCCGGACAGGCUGUACUAAGCAAAAUUCAUGACCGAAAUCGACGAUGGACUUGGGAUUAUAUCAAAGAGCGCAGAGACGAUCGUAUCGCAUAUAUCAAAUUCUUCAAGAAGAAGAAGCGAGAAGAAGCUUUUUCACCGGAAGAGUCUAAAGAGUUAGACCUUUUGGAAAGGAAGCUUAGCUACGAGGAUAUCAGAUUCUGGCGAUCUCUUGCUCGAAACCAGCUUCGCAAAGAGAAUGUUGGAGUCAAAAAGCCUGCUCAACAACAGUCAUGGGGUGAAUGGAUCUGGGGCGCCAAGAAGGAAGAGUCAGAAGAACCAGCCAUGACAGAAGAGCAACGCCAGGAGCUAUACAGUGCUAUUGACUGGGACGAAAAGAAGGCUCUUUCAGAGAGUGUUGAUGUACCCCGUGAAUGGGUCAAGCUCCAGGUCAAUUGGAGUCUGCGUGCUGGUAGCUUUACUCUCAAGCAGGAUCCUCAUGGCGCAGCAAAUGAGGUAAUGAAGUUGGUGUUCGACAACUUCCGUGCCAAAGCUCUUCAGCGUCCGGACUCUUACCUCCUAGAUCUUGAUCUUGGUGGCUUGAAGAUGUACGAUGGUACCACUCCCGGUACCUUGUAUCCUCAGAUUGUCAAGGUCAAAGACUCCAUUCCGGAGCCGACAAAAGAUCAGCCUAGCACAGAAGACGAUGAUCUCGCUUCGGAGGCUAGUGCCGAUGAUGCGGUGGACGAAGAUAGCUUGUUCCACCUGCAACUGGAGAAGAAUCCCCUGGAAAGUGACGCCGAUUCGGCGGUCAAGGUCAAGUUGAAGAGUAUCGAAGUAAUCUAUAACCCCCGAUUCCUGGUGGGCAUUGUGAAGUUUUUCGAACCUCCUGACCGACACAUGGAGUCCAUUGGUGCGCUUUUGGACACUGCAGGAGCGACUGUUCAAGGUCUUCGUCAGCAAACCCGAGCAGGUCUGGAGUUUGCUCUGCAAGAGCAUAAGAAAGUCGACGCCCACUUUGAUGUUCACGCACCCUUGAUCAUCGUGCCCGAGAGUAUCACACACGAGAGCUCUCUUUGUCUGAUCCUCGAUGCCGGUCACGCUAGUGUCAACAGUGAGCUGGUCGACCGAAAGGCUAUGCGAGAUCUUCAGGCCAAACAAAGCCACCAGUACGAAGAGGAAGAUUACAAACAGCUAGAGCACUUGUUAUACGAUCGUUUCCUUAUCAAAUUGGAUUCCACCCAACUUCUAAUUGGACCUGGUGUGGAAGCAACCAAAGCCCAGCUUACGUCUGAUGUUGAGUCCAAAAAUUUCCAUAUCGUUGACCGGAUCAACGUGGAUUUCGUGCUGGAGAUGUGCAUCGUUCCCAAGGUGACACAGCUCACCCGGACACGUAUAUCAGGCAAUUUGCCCGAACUCCAUGCCUCCAUGUCAGAUACUAAAUACAAGGGAUUGAUGAAGUUGAUUGAUAUUGCAAUUCCUCAAUUCGACACCGGAAAGGCCAAUUCUGAUCCAGCGGCGGCCAAAGCCAACGAAGAGAAAGCCAUUGCUACCAGAGCUCGCUCCGCAUCUUUCCAGCCCUCGGCCUUGAGAGAUCUCCCUGUUGUCGACGACGAUGAAGCAGAAUCAGAAACUGACCACGCGAGAAAAAAUGUGGACUCGACGAACAAUAUUCACCGCCGAGACUUUGAGUUCAAAUUCAACGUUGGGCGGUUGCGUGGCUCUCUUUUCCGCUCUGAUUCCCAAGACCCACUGAAAGAUCAACUGCUGGUAGAAUUGGUUGCGGAGGGCUUUGAGCUUGACUUCUACAUGCGUCCUUAUGACAUGGUUGCCGAGGUCAUCCUUAAGUCUUUGAGCGUCGACGAUUAUAUCGAAGAGAACCCACUUCCAGAGUUCAAGAGAAUAGUCUCCUCCAAGGGAUUCAACGCAGAUGAAGACAAAGAUCUCUUCCAUUUGAAGAUGGUCAGGGUCAAACCCGAGUCUCCAGAGUUUGAGUCUACAUACGAGGGUGUUGCGAUGAAUCUUGACAUUUCGGUAUCAACCAUCAAUCUCGUAGUGACAAGGAAGACCCUGCUCACGCUAUUGGAUUUCAUCCUUCUCACGUUCACAAGUCCACAGCAGCAAGUGGACGAAGACUCCCAAACAGGCAACUUGGCCAUUCAAGAGACAGCUGAUGCUGUUGAAGCCCCCCAAGAAGCUGGCAAGCUUCGCAUCAAAUCUAACCUCAAGAGUAUUGCCCUUAUCCUCAACAAUGACGGUGUUCGACUGGCAACGUUAAGUCUUAACACUGCAGAUGUUGGAAUAUUCCUAGUUGGGCGCUCAAUGACCAUCCAGUCCCGAAUUGGCAGUUUGACCCUGGUUGACGAUGUUAACUUGGGCGCGCCUGAAGAAUCAGAUGUUCGACGCCUCCUGACCAUUGAAGGGGAUAACUUCGCCGAUUUCAGAUACGAGACUUUCGACCCAGAGAGCGAGACCUACCCUGGCUAUGACUCGGAGGUCUACUUGCGCUCCGGCUCAAUCAAGAUCAAUUUCCUUGAGGAGCCCUACCGGAAGAUCAUCAACUUUUUGGUCAAGUUCGGCAAAAUGCAGGCAAUUUUCAAUGCGGCUCGCCAGGCUGCUGCAAGCCAAGCCAAUCAGCUCCAGGAGAAUGCCUCACGAAUGCGGCUUGAUAUUGUAGUCAAGACUCCCAUAUUGGUGUUCCCUAGAGUGAUGGCGGACGAUAGGCCCAGAGAUACAGUUACUGCUCACCUUGGUGAGAUCUAUGUCAAGAACGAAUUCGUGCCAAUGGACGAAAGCAAAGACAGCCCAGCUGUCAAUGUGAUUUCUACUGGUGUGCGUAACAUCCGCUUGACCUCCAAGUUCCACUUCAAAGAUGGCACAGAAGAAGAGCUUGAGAUGAUCCAGAAAGUGAACCUUGACUUCAGCAUCUGCUAUAUGGAACACCAGGCCAAUAACGCCCGCCCAGACAUGGAGAUUGAAGGCUCUUUGUCUCCCAUCAAUCUCCGUAUUUCCCAGAGUCAACUGAAGUUCUUGCUAGCCCUUUCCAAGUCCAUCCCUGGCGCCUUUGCAACUGAUGCUGAACAGCAAGAGCUCGAGGCCCUGGAAUCUCUACCCUCGUCGGUUACAGAGCCGACAACAACCUCCAAGGCCGUUCAAGCGGAGGAGCAGAAAGCUGUAGGCCCAGAUGAUACAACGAACAAAGAGACAUGGGUUCGACUCGAUAUGAUUUUCAAGGUAGAUAGUGUUGGACUGGAGCUUAUUCUAGCCAACGACGAUCAGCCUGCUGGCCGUUUGGAAGAUUCGAGCUUAUCAAAGUUCUCUCUCAAUGACACAAGAGUCAAGCUCCGCAUGUUGACAGAUGGUUCCUUGGAGUCCGAACUCCUCAUCCACUCGUUCUCGAUCCGGGAUAGUCGCCGACAGGACUCGAACAAGUUCCGAAACAUCAUGUCAUUGAUCAACAACGAUGUUCAGCAGCAGUUCAUGGCUAGUGUGUCCAUGUCACCCGGACCGGACAAGCAUCUCAUUGCGAUGUUGACUAUUGACAGUCCGCGCAUCAUGUUUGCUUUGGACUACCUAUCUGCCUUGCAGUCAUUUAGCAACUCGGCAUUCACCUCUGACGGCCCCGUGGAGAUAUUGGAAGAGGAAGCUGAAUUACCUGAAGACCCGGAACCGGGAUCUGAUGCAGCAGCUUCGGAUAAAGAACCAACCGAAGUUUCAACUGGAGAUUCUGCGGCUGGAUCUACAACCGUUUCUUUCCGUGUCAAUUUAGUUGAUGCUCAGGUUAUCAUGGUGGCCAACCCCACCAUUCCUCAUUCCGAAGCCAUUGUUAUCGGAACCAAAGAGGUUCUCAUCUCUCGUCAAAAUGUUUCGACCUUGCAGGUUCAAAAGCUUGGCAUGUUCCUGUGUCGUAUGGACAAGUUUGAAACUAGUCGACUGCGGAUCCUGGACGAUUUCACACUCGAGCUAUCGGUUGAUAGCCGGCCUCAAGAUCAUGGACCGGCACUUACUUCUAUCGAGGCACACUGUGAACCCUUGGUCCUCCGUUUGUCUCUGCGUGAUAUUCUGAUGGCAAUCCAGAUUGUGAACAGGGCAUCUGAAAUGCGAGCCCAGAAUGCUCAGCAGCUCGAGGGUGGAGAGGCGAAGAAAAUUACCGAUGUCAAGAGCACCAGAGCCCGUUCUGGCAGCAAAGCAUCUACCACUCUGGCUCACAGAACUCGUCGCCGGGUCAGUCAGGGGGCCGAGACACUCGACAAGGCCAUGGCUGUGGAAAGUUCAGCUGUUCUGAAGCGCGAGGAGCUGUCAGCUAAGAUCGAUGGUAUUCGUGUUAUCUUGAUAGGUGACCUGCAUGACUUGCCUUUGCUGGAUUGGAGCGUCAAGAAGUUCAACGUCGAUGUGCGUGAUUGGUCUUCUACCUUGAGUAUUGAUACGAACUUUGAUACCUUUGUCAACGUCUUCAACUUCUCCAAGUCAGCUUGGGAGCCGUUGAUUGAGCCUUGGCAGCUCGGUUUCCACGUGGCGAAAGAAACAAACCCAGAUGUCUUUUCCAUUGAUGCCUAUUCUCACAAGAACAUGGAGCUCACAUUGACAUCGGCCACUAUUGCACUUGCCUCAAAGUCAUUCCAAUUCCUGUCCACAGACGAAGAUGUCCUUUCCAAGCCCAGAGGUGCCGAUGCUCCCUACAGAAUCCGCAACUACACGGGCUUUGAUCUCCAUGUCUGGGCUGAUGUCGGCGCAGGGGAAGAUGGUCCAGCUGCAAAAUUGACUGAUGGAGAAGAACAUCCUUGGCGAUUCGAAGAAUCUACUGCCAUUCGCGAGACUCUUUCCCCCGAAGGUCAAGGUGGAAUAGUCGGCAUUAAAUUGGAAGGUAGCGGGUUUGACAGCAUCAACCGCAUUCCUGUUGUACGCGAAGGGGAGGUCUUGUAUAGCUUGAAGCCAAAGCGAGAUAAUGUUCUGCACCGACUUCUUGUGGAAGUGAAACUUGGAGCUGACAACGUCAAAUACAUCACGUUCCGCUCACCACUACUUGUGGAGAAUAACACCCAGAUUCCAGUGGAGUUAGGUGUGUUUAGUCCCGACGAGGGUCACCUCCUCAAGAUUGAGAAGAUUUUGCCUGGUGAUGCCCGACCAGCACCGGUCGGCUCUGCAUACCUGCACUCGGUUGUUAUCCGUCCGGAUCAGGGCUUUGGUUAUGACUGGUCGAACGAACGGCUGUUUUGGAAAGAUCUAAUACGCCGUCCGACACGCACCGUGCAAUGCGUUAGUGAAAAUGGAGGCCAAGCACCGGCGUUCUAUUUCCAGGUCAAUGCAACCUUUGACAACAAAGAUUCAGCUACAAGCUCUUAUCCCUAUAUGAGGAUUCGAAUCUUCGCUCCUGUGGAAAUUCAGAACUUGCUGCCAUAUGACUUCAAGUACCGUAUUUACGACAAGAACACAAAGAAAGACUGGACAAACUUCCUGAGAAAGGGUGGCGUUAGCCCCGUCCAUGUGGUGGAGUUGUCUCAUCUUCUCCUGCUCAGCAUUGACCUUGAAGAUACUAUUUUCAAACAAAGUGACUUUGCAAUUGUGAACGGAAAUUCUCAGGAUUACCGCAGAGAGCACACAUUGCCUUUGAAGGACGAACGAGGCCUUCCAUUGAAGUUGAAGCUUCAUUACUUCAACAUCCCCAACAGUGGUGGUGCUUUCAAGGUUUCAGUUUACAGCCCGUACCUCGUACUGAAUAAGACCGGUCUGCCCAUGGACAUUCAAAGCAAGGCUUUCCUCCAGUCUGCCCGCAAUGCUGCUGGCGGCGGCCUCAGAGUUGACCCGAGAGGCGGUGGCCGUGCUCUGCCAUACAUGUAUUCUUAUGGAUCAAAUGACCAAAAGAAUCGAUCUAUCUUGAAGGUCGGCGACUCUUCAUGGAGCAAGCCACAGAGUUUUGAGGCUCUUGGUAGCACUUUCGAGGUUGUUUUCCCCGAUUCUCAGGGCAGGUAUGAAUUCCACUCGGGAGUCUCUGUGGCUGAGGGCGAAGGCAAGUACAAAAUGACGAAGGUAGUCACCAUCGCGCCCAGGUUCAUUCUGAAGAGCAAACUCACCGAAGACCUCAUGGUGCGCGAACCUGGCUCGUCGAAUGUUCUUGAGCUGAAGAGUGGCGAGUUGGUGCCGCUUCACUUCCUCCGCCAAGUCCAAGAAAAGCAGCUCUGUCUGUGCUUUCCCGGGGUGAACAAUCAAUGGUCUUCUCCGUUUAACAUUGCAGAUGUUGGGACUGUGCACGUCAAAUUGGCCAAGUCAGCGAAUCAGCGCCAGAAAUUGAUCAAGGUCGACGUCAUUCUGGAAGGGGCAACUAUUUUCUUGCACCUCAGCUUUGAGACUCGUAACUGGCCGUUCUCGAUGCGUAAUGAAAGUGACAUCGAGUUCAUCUUCCACCAGGCUAACCCCAACGUGGAUGAUGAUGAGGAGGACGACUCAAGUGGCUGGCGGCCUAUCCGUUACCGCCUCCCACCUCGAAGUAUCAUGCCUUACGCGUGGGAUUACCCAGCAACCAAAAACAAAUCUCUUGUUUUGUCUUGCCAAGGCAAAGAGCGACAUAUCAAGCUUGCUGAGAUCGGUAACUUGAUUCCAAUGCGCAUUCCGCCAUCAAAGUCAAAUGAGCACCAGAGAAUUGUCGACAUUAACAUCGUGGCGGAUGGGCCCACUCAAACUCUUGUUCUUUCCAACUUCAAGCCCUCGAAGAGUAUUUACAAACAGCAAAAGGGCCAAGCCUCGCAGAACAAUACGACUGCUGGAUUCGAGGUCAAGGAGAUGAACUCCGACGUGAAUUUCAAGGCUCAGCUCCGUCUAGGUGGAAUCGGUAUCUCUCUUAUCAAUCAGAACUUGAAGGAGCUUCUCUAUCUCACUUUCCGAGAGAUUGAGAUCAAGUUCCGGGAGUCAGCUCUGUACCAGACUCUGAACACCACUAUCAAGUGGAUUCAGAUUGAUAACCAAUUGUAUGGUGGUAUUUUCCCCAUUCUUCUUUACCCCAGUGUUGUCCCUAAGACCGGGAAAGAAAUGGAAGCGCACCCGAUUUUCCACGCAAUGGUCACAAGAGUCAAAGACGACUCUUAUGGUGUUCUCUACGUGAAGUACGCGACUCUCCUGUUGCAGCAAAUGACCCUUGAGUUGGAUGAAGACUUCGUCUUUGCUAUGUUGGACUUUGCCAAGAUUCCCGGGGCAUCUUGGACAGAAGAACAAGAAGGCAAGCUGUGUGAUGGGGACUUGAAUAUUCCCGAGCCGCAACAAAAUGAAGCUGGUCAAGAUGUAUACUUUGAGCUUCUCCAUUUGCAACCCAUGCAAUUGGAUAUUUCUUUCAUGCGGACGGAACGUGUCAAUGCAGAAGACGGCGCCAUGCAACCUUCCAAUCCCCUGAUGUUCAUCGUCAAUGUCAUGACCAUGUCCAUGGGUAACGUCAACGAUGCACCUAUACGGUUGAACGCUCUGAUGCUGGAGAAUGCCCGUGUCUCCUUUGGAAGACUUGUCAACAACAUCCGCGCACACUAUACCCAAGAAUUUGUGAGCCAAGUGCACAUCAUUCUUGGAUCCGCCGAUUUCUUGGGUAACCCUGUUGGUCUGUUUAACACAGUCAGCUCAGGUGUGGCGGACAUCUUCUAUGAACCGUACCAGGGCUUGGUCAUGACCGACCGACCCCAAGAAUUGGGCGUUGGCAUUGCAAAGGGUGCUACCAGCUUCGUCAAGAAAUCUGUCUUUGGUUUCUCAGACAGUAUGGCCAAGCUUACAGGAAGUAUGUCCAAGGGUCUUGCUGCCGCCACCCUGGACAAGGAAUUCCAAGACCAGCGCCGGAUGUCCAAGUCCCGCAACCGACCGAAGCAUGCACUAUACGGAAUUACAGCCGGUGGAAAUGCCUUCGCAAGCAGCCUGGCCAGUGGUAUCGGAGGACUAGCCCGUCAUCCACUCCAAGGUGCCGAAAAAGAGGGCGUGGCAGGUUUUUUCAAGGGCGUCGGAAAGGGUGUGCUAGGUCUUGCUACCAAACCCGCCAUUGGAGCCUUUGAUCUUGCUUCCAACCUUGCCGAAGGCGUCCGGAACACGACCACUGUCUUCGAUGCCGAAGGUCUUGAUCGUGUCCGACUUACCCGAUUCAUUGGCACAGACGGUAUCGUCCGGCCAUAUACCCAGCGAGAAGCGCUUGGUCAGUUCUGGCUCAAGACUGCUGACGACGGUAAAUACUUCAAUGAGGAUUACAUCGCGCACUUGGAACUUCCUGGCCGAGACAUGCUGGUCAUGUUGACUUAUGCCCGCAUCAUGCUGGUGCGCACCAAAAAACUCUAUACUGAGUGGGAUAUUCGCCUGACGGACAUCCAAACCAUCUCCAAGGAGCGGACUGGCAUGAGCAUCACGCUCAAGGGCGGAGCCAACGGACCCUUCAUUCCUGUGCAGGAUGAAAGUUCUCGUAACUGGCUGUACAGACAAAUUGCCGUUGCGGUCAAUGCCUUCAAUGAGAAGUAUAAUGUCCGAGGAUAG